UGCAUGCAUGGUGUUAUUUAUUAUUUUAAUUUAUUUUUCUUUUAUUUGGAAGAAAGGUGGUGGCUAAAGAAAUGGAGGAAGGUAAGAGAGUUUGCGCGUUGGUUGUGGACGACGAUAGGCUGUCCCAAAGAGUUCAUGCGGCGCUGCUAAGAAAGUACGGAAUAUUGGAGACGGAGGUUGUAGAAAACGGGAAAGAAGCCGUUGACCUUUUCAAGUCCGGGAAGACUUUUGACCUAGUCAUUAUGGACUUGGAGAUGCCGGUCAUGGAUGGUUCAGAGGCAACUCGCGAGCUGAGGGAAAUGGGAGUGACGAGUAUGAUAGUAGGGGUGACUGCUUGCGAGGUGGAAGCCGAGAAGGCAGAGUUCAUGAGGGCGGGGCUCGACGCUUGUUGGGACAAGCCAUUGAGUGGAUCAGCGAUUAUUGCCAUGCUGGAUGAGCUUGCUAAAAAAUUGCUCUAGAUGGAUUGUAUACCAUAUAUAUAUUUAUAUGGUUAGUUCAAUUUCGUUUUAAUUUCCCAUAAUAAAACAAUAAAAUAGAUUUCC